UAGACUCAAAAACUAUUAAAUCAAUUAGUCCUAUGGAAUAAAGGUUAUUUAAGACUAGUUUUAUAUGCACGUUAUACGUGCGUGAAAUAUAACUACUGAGGUUUUUUAGGGAUCGAUUUUUCCUUCUUCUUUUUCACAAGUCAAAUUACUGCAGUUUGUAAUUAUAUUUUAAUUACAUAUAUUUUUAUUAUUAUUAUUUUUUUUGACAGAUUAUUAUUAUUAUUAUUAAUUGAUGGUAUAUUAGUCAAAAAAGAUAGACGCCAAAGUGAUAAGAGUUCCCAUAUAUAAUAGAGAUAUCUGCAAACCUACCCGUGUUAUUUUCCAAACUUAUCCAAAAAAAAAAAAAAUUUGCCAUCGAAAAUUAUAAAAGUUCAACCUCUCCUCACCCUCUUCUCUCUCAUCGAAAUUUUGUUCUGCAGAAACUCCCCCAAAACCCCAAUGUCGCCAAACGCGUUAACCUCCGAUGAACUUUUGCUCCUUUGACAAAAUCUGAAAUACUUCUCACUGAUUAAUUCUCUCUCCUCCAUUGAUAACGUCGUUCUCUAAUUUUCCUUCGUUUUCUAGAUUAAAGUUCGAGUUUUCUCUUUUUCCCGCCGAGAAAGAUAUUCCUAGGGUUUGUCUUCUCCUUUUCUUUUUCUAAUCUCUUCUUCGCCAAAACAAAUAUUAAUUUCGCCUGUUUUUUUGCUUGGAUUCUGCAUAUUUCGGUUUAUAUUUUGAAUUUUUGAUGCAGGGUUUUUAUAAGGUUUUCAAUUUUAUGAUUUUUUUUUGCGUUUUAAACAUCAGAAUACAAGUUGAAAUUCACUUUGAUUUUGCGGAGAACUGAUAGAAUUUUUUUGUACUUCUUGUUGUUUAUUAUUAGUACUAUUAGUUGAGUAACAGAACAUAGGAUUUCAUAUUAGUUGUAGUUUUUGGAUUUGAAUUUUGAGGAAGAUGAUGCGGAAUGGAAGAAUUAUGUUAGACAGUAGUAGUAGUAGAAGCGAGAUGAUUUUACAUGGUAUGAGAAUUGGUGAAAGCGAAUCUGGUCGUAUUCAGCAUUUGGCUGUUGAAGGAAGAGAGACUAGCUUGAUGAUGAUGAGAAGAUACAGUGAUGAAGAAUUGCGAAAUUUUCCGCGGUCUAGUGAUCAGGAUUUUCCAACUAGAGACUACGAUACGACUUCGAAGUUUCAGUGGAAGUCUUUGUUGAAAGAAUCAAGGAAUUUAAUGGCUGAUGGUGGCAGGAGAUAUGAUGAAUUAGUGGAGAGAUCAAUACCCAUUGAAAGUGAGAUGAUUAAUAAUGUACCCACAAAUGCAUACUAUGUUGGUAGUGCUGAUUAUCGUGAACGUACUAGGAAUUUGACUGGUCUUUUGGUUGAGGAUCCAGAGUCUCAUAGACGUAGAGGGAAUGUGACUGAUCCUCCAGCUGAAGAUGUUGGAUAUCAUAGGCACACUAGGAAUAGGACUGGCCUUCCAAUUGAAGAUUCCAGAUUUAAUGGACGCACUGAAAACAUGGCUGGUCUUGUGGUUGAAGGUGCUGGAAGUGCUGCUUGUGUUGGGAAUGUGAAUGGUCUUCCAGUUGAAGAUGCUGACCAUCGAAGGCGUACUAAGAGUAUAACCUGUCUUCAGUUUGAAAACGAUGGGAGACCUCAAGUAAGGGGAUACCCACAGCAUAUGGAUAGGGAUACUUUUACGAAAGCAUAUGAGGGAAAUGGUUCUAGGUCUCGCACCGAGGAUAGCCCUCAUAGUUUGACGCCACAUUCACAGUCUAGUGGUCAACAUACCCCCUUUCGAGGAACUUCAUUUCCGAAUGUGGAACUACACCAGGAAGUUUACCAUCAUCAUGCCGAUGGACCUGGAACUGGCAGUAGUAUUCGACCUUUAACUGGCUAUAGCUCACAGUAUAGUGGUCAUUGUCAACGUACCCCAUCUCGAGGAAUUCCGUCUACAAAUUUUGAAGGUCUACAGCAGGAUGUUUUUCAUCAUCCUUCUGAUGGACUUGGAACUGGUAGUAGUAUUCCGUCUUCAACCGGCUAUAGUUCCUAUGGAAUAGUACACUCUAGAGCUGGUAGAAGCGCAUGUCCUGUCUCAAAUGAAGGCGGUAAUUUUCUUAGUACAGAGUAUAAUGACAUGGAUAGACAUAGUGUCUACUUCCAUUCAGAGACUCAAAGGUGUGAAAAGGUCUGUAGAAGGGGUUUGUCAAAAGAUAUCUAUGACAAAUAUGAGAAUGUGCAAGAUUACAAUGACUACAGGAAUUCAUUUGGAAAUGACACUUUGGAUCCUGCUUCACCCGGAUAUGGAUAUGCUGGUAACUCUUGUAAUUGUGCCCUAGAAGAGGAUGGAAGACAUCAUUCUGAUCACACCCAGCAAGAGGCACAAAUUGUGGAUCUACAUGAUAUUAGGACUGCCCAAGAGAUAGAAUAUGGUGGGGCUAACAUGUAUUCAUUGGACAGAUAUCUUGAAUAUCAGAGAGAGGCUAGUCAUGAGCCUUUAUUUUGCGGGGAGGAGUGUUCUUAUCAAAUUGAUGCACCUGGUGUAUCAUAUCAACAGCAAACAUGGUAUAAUCAUAUAUUAGAGGAAGGAGCUCUAAAAAAAAAUGAAGGUUCAUGGCAGAUAUCGAAGUCUCAAGAUAUUGAUUUAUGCGACCAACCCAAGAGGAUGUCCAAAAGAAAGCGUGGUAUUGUUGGAAAGACGAGGUUGCCAAAGCACAGAACUUCUACCUUGGGUGGUAGAGGUGCUCUGAGCUAUGACAAUAGACAUCUUAUUGUUGAGCCUGAUUCUUAUAGGAGCUCAAGUGAUCAUUUUAAUUCAAAGGAAAAUGCAGGAUUGUCUAAAUCUGAACCUGAACUGCCAUUUGCUGGUUUGUCCAAGGAACUGCAAAGCCGUUUAAGCAAACCUUGUGAAUCUGGUCGCAAUGAUGUGAAAAGCAGGCUGAAGCACCCUCGUUUUAUUGCUCAUCAAAAUGGGCCGCCAGCCUCUGAAAUUUUAAGUGGGAAUGUUAACAGCUGUGUCAAGACUUCUCCAAAUGUUGACCAAACAACAUCUGCUCCACAACCUUGUGGUAAAGCUCAGCGCACUAGCGUUAGAAAGAGGCUCAAACGAGAUGCUUACCCUGUUGAUCCUCAAGUUUCACAUCCUGACCUUAACUUAGAGUCACAACAGAAGCUAGCUACAAAAAACUCUGAGAGUACAAAAGAAGUCAGUCUUUUGCAAGAAGCUGAUGUAGACCAUUCAAUACUUAAGGUGAAAUCUACAGAGAAGGAUCCGCCUGAAAAUUCUGCAGAACUUAAGCAUCAGGUGGACCAUUGGUUUUUGAAAUGCAUGCUUUACUUGAAUGCAAACAUGGGUCGACAAAAAAAAUUUAAGGAGCAAGGAAAGGCUGGUCCGUUGAAGUGCAUCAUAUGUUCCAGUUCUAAAGAGUUUCUCCAAACAAAAGACGUUGCGACGCAUGCAUUCACUUCUCUUAAGAUUGGGCUUAGAGCACAACACCUAGGCUUCCAUAGAGCUUUAUGUGUCUUGAUGGGAUGGGAUACGUCAGUUGCAUCUAAUGACCGAUGGAUUUGCAAAUCUUUGCCUGAUGUUCAGGCUUGGGCUAUGAAGGACGAUAUAAUUGUGUGGCCUCCUGUUGUUAUCAUUCACAAUGGCUCUCCUAGAGACUUAAAUAACAGCAAUGAGCAGGUGAAGAUUUCUAUUGAACAGCUUGAGGAUACUUUGAAAGAUAUGGGUUUGAGUGAAGGGAAGACCACAAUAUGCCGUGGAAAACCUGGAAAUCCAAAUAUUAUGCUGGUGAAGUUCAAUGGAACUCUUUCGGGCUUGCAAGAAGCAGAAAGACUUCAUAAUGUUUUUUCUGAGAAGAAAAGGGGAAGGGCUGAACUCCAAGAGAGAGAUUCUAGAACGGGGUGCCAUGAGGGAGUUGUGCAAGAGCCAGAAGCCAAGAUAGAAGAUGUGCUAUAUGGGUACCUCGGAAUCGUGGAAGACUUUGACAAACUCAAUUAUGAUAUGAGGCGACAUUGUUUUGCAAAGAGUAGGAAGAAUAUCCUUGCUUGUGUGGAUAAAGCUACUUAGGGCAAGGAGAGGAUGCAACAUACGACAACAAACUGUUAGAUGCAUUUUGUUACAAGUGCCAGUGCUAAGAGAAGUAGGCACUUUGGACUAAUGAGUUUUCUUUUGUUGAUAUAUUUUUGGUAGUUAAAGAAUUGUUGGAGGCCUCAAGCCACUAAUAGGGAAAUGAUUUAGACUUCUAACAUUGAUUUUGGUGUUCCUUCUUGUGAGUAGUGCACGGUUAAUUGUGCCGUUGUAGGAGUGCCAAAAUCAAUAUUCGGAGUGUAAAAAUCAAUCCCCUUAAAGAACAUGCUCGUUCCUGCUUGGCACAUAUGUAGAUGUUUUUGCUUUGUUUAGUGGUCCUCUUAUUCUAUGAUCGAAUACAUAUUGAUAUAUACCUUCUGUUUUGUGAUAUGUAUGUCUUUUCUUGUU